CGACAAGAUGGAAUUUAUGACUGCUCUCUCCGGCGGCUACGAUGAUCAGAAACCUUCGCUCUUCGAAAUCCUGUCCGAGAACGAACUCAACUCACUCAUCCCACCAUCGCUCCGCUACCUCCUCGCAGUCGCAACACAUCGCAACCCGCGCUACCUGCUCCGAAUCCUAAACAACUUCGACGAAAUCUAUGCCCUCCUCUCCCUCGCAGUCGAGCGCUUCUAUCUACGAACAUACGGCGGAGGCUUCACCGAGAACUUCUACGGCCUCAAACGCGAACGAGUCCUCCGAAUCAAAGGAGGCGAAAUCACUCGCGCAAGACUAGGCGCAGCGAAAGAAGUCCGUGAGACCUUACGACUUCGAGAUGGAGAUGUCUGGAGAAAUCUGGCAGUUAUGGUGGGAAUCCCAUAUUUGAAGCGGAAACUGGACGAAUCGUAUGAUAUCCAUGCCAGUGGAAUCAAUAUGCUGGGACCGGCGUAUCGCGAUGGUGAAAGAUAUCCUGCGGAAGGAAGUUGGAGGCAAAAGAUCAUGUGGGCGUAUAAAUGGUUCUUGAGGAGGAUUUAUCCUACUGUCAAUGCGGCGUAUUACUUCUCAUUGCUGGCUUUUAAUUUGGCGUACUUGUUUGAUGGGACGAAGUAUCACAGUCCGUUUAUGUGGAUUAUUGGGACGAGGGUGAGGAGACUAGGAGAGGCGGAUCAUAGGGCUAUUGCUAUGGCUGCUGAGAAGAUGGGUGAGGCACUUCCAGCAAGACCAGGACAGGCGAAUGCUGGAAUUCUGCACCCUAGAAAUCUUUCGAGAGUGGUGAAGCCGAAGGUUGUGACGGGUUUGAAAUUGUUGCUGCCGACUAGUAUCUUUGCGCUGAAGUUUCUGGAGUGGUGGCAUAACUCGGAUUUCGCACGACAGCUCUCGAGAAAGGCGAACGAAGGAUUGGAGUUACCGCCUCCCACGAUUUCUGGACUACCUGCUGCCGCGCCGCCUGCGGCAGCGAAGGAGAAGAAGACGGCGGAAUUUGCAGACGAGAAGGGCGAACGACCAUCUUCGUCGCGACGCGAUAGUGGCAUUGGUGGCCCACCAAUAUCUUCAACGUCUAUGCUGCCCAUCCUCACAGUUCCCGCGCCGCACUACUCGUCGCCGUCUGAUCCUGAAUCGACCAACACCACUUCUGUGUGCCCAAUAUGCUCUGGUCCUAUUCAGACUGCUACUGCCGCCCAGACGGGGUACGUAUACUGCUAUACAUGUAUAUACAAGUGGGUUGAUGGCACGCAUGCGAGGCAGGAAGCUUUCAUGGAAGGGCAUGGUGAGGAGGAAGACGCGAAGGGCUGGGCUGAGGAGGGUGGUGGGAGCCGGGUUGGUAGGUGGGAAAGUGGUGUAGGGAGAGAUGCGGUAACGGGCAGAAGAGUGCUUGGGGGGACAAGUGGGUUGCGGCGGGUAAUGGUAUAGUGAGUCUCUCCAGGCUGUGCCUCUGGGUCUGCCGGGUUUCGACUUUCAACGGCAAACGCCCGCCGUUCAUUCCGCCCAAGAUGCAUAUUGGUGGAUUCACCGCUCCGGAAGAUACAAGUGCAACAACGAGUGCCAUGCCCACAGCAAGGAGGCCAUCGGACCGCUGGACUUGAAGCUCUGAAGAUGCAAGAAGCGCGAGAGAUUUUCGUUUGCAUCUUCUGGAUGCUGUAGACGCAGCGCUUGAACUAUAUUGUUGCAUACGAAGACCAAUGUUUACGCCG